AUGCCAAAGUACUACUGCGAAUACUGCGAUAUCUACCUCACGCACUCGUCGCCUGCCGGUCGCAGGCAGCAUGCGACAGGGCGCAAGCACAUCAACCAGAAAAUCGAGUACUUCCAAAAUCUCAUCCGGGAACCGGACUUCGUCCCGCCGCAGAUGAUUGAGAAUCAUGUCGUUCAGAGAGCAGUUCAAGCCGCAGGCGCAGCUCCCGUAGGCGGGUUCGGGCCGCCGACAUCGGGCUUUCCGCGCUUCGGCGGCGGCCGCGGCGGCGGGUUUCCGGGCCGCGGCGGCAUGCGCGGGGGCAUGGAGGGCGGCCGAGGAGGUCGCGGAGGCUUUCCUCCUAUGGGCAUGCCCAUGGGCCCAGGUGGCGCUGGCGGCCCCCCUGGGAACCGCGGCCCGCCGAUGUUUGGUCACCCCUCGCAGGACAUGCGCGGCGGCUCUUCGCUUGGAAACUCGAACCACUUUCCUCGCCCGGGCGGGCCGGGGGUCGGCGGGCCCUCCAUGGGCCUCGGCGGAGGGCCUGGAGUCCAGGGCGGGCCCGGCGGGCCGCCUCGCGGCUUGGGUCCAAUCGGCCCGGGGGGCAUGGGUCUCGGGUUUCGGGGCGGCCCCGGCGGGCCUGACGGCCCCUCGGGGAACCACUUCUCGGGAAGGCCGGGAGGCUUUGACGGGCCUCGGAGAGGAGGCAUGCCGGGCUUUGACCGCGGAGACAGACGCUAG